UGCAUCUCAAAACCCUAACCCUCGAACUACCUCCGCGCAAGACCUCUCUUCCUCCUCUUCCUGCCGCCUUCCGGCGGCUCCGCUGCCCUCGAGCUACCGGCCGCGAUGGUGAAGUCCUACCUCCGCUACGAGCCGGGCCUCGGCUUCGGCGUCAUCGCUUCUCUCGACUCCAAAAUCACCUACGAUCCCUCGGGGUUGCACCUCCUCGCCCCCGCCCUCGACAAGCUCGCCCUCUGGAACCUCAAGCAGGGCCUCGCCUCCAAGACCUUCUCCCCCUCCUCCCGCUCCUCCCAUACCCUCGCCGUCACCUCCGUUGCGGCCUCCCCCUUAUCCUCAUCCACUUCGAUCGCAAGUGGGCACGCCGAUGGUAGUAUUCGUCUAUGGGACUACGAAAAGGCCACAUGCGAGGCGACACUCAAUGGCCACAAAUCAGCUGUUACUGCCCUCCGCUAUAAUCACCUCAGCUCCCUUCUUGCUUCUGGCGGCAAGGACUGCGAUGUCAUCCUGUGGGAUGUGGUUGGUGAAGCCGGACUCUUUCGCCUUCGUGGUCACCGAGACCAGGUGACAGACCUUGUAUUUCUUGAUUCUGGAAAGAAGCUUGUGACCUGCUCCAAGGACAAGUUCAUUAGGGUAUGGGAUCUUGAAAUGCAGCAUUGCAUACAGAUUGUGAGUGGGCACCACAGCGAAGUAUGGUCUCUGGAUGUUGACCAAAAGGAGAGGUUUUUGGUAUCUGGGUCAGCAGACACUGAGCUCCGGUUUUAUCAAAUUAGAACCAAUGCUGAGAUGGUCGAGAAUGAGAGCAAAUGGGAAAUUUUGAAGCAAUUUGGCGAAAUCCAGAGGCAGAACAAGGAUAGGGUGGCGACCCUGAGAUUUAACAAGUCUGGAAGUCUUUUGGCAUGUCAAGUGGCAGGGAAAAGUGUGGAAAUAUAUCGAGUUCUUGAUGAUGUGGAAUCAAUGCGCAAGGCUAAGCGGAGGCUUCACAGAAAGAAAGAAAAGGUUAUGGCAAAAGCAAUGGUCGUAGAUAAUGAAAAUGGAGGGUUUGUAGAUUCUUUAUCCAGCCAGGAACUUCAGCAUCCAACUGUUGCAGUGUCAGAUAUGUUUAAACUUCUUCAAACCUUUCGUGCAAGCAAGAAAAUUUGCUCUAUUGCAUUCUGUCCUAAUGUUCCUAAAGUUGGUCUUGCCACAUUAUCCUUGUCCUUGAACAAUAACAUGCUAGAGACUCAUUUAAUUGAUACAGACAAGAUAUCCAAAUUGUACUCAAUUGAGCUUCAUGGACAUCGCUCAGAUAUUAGAAGCGUUACACUUAGCUCAGAUAAUGACCUUCUGAUGUCAACAAGUCAUAAUGCUGUAAAGAUUUGGAACCCCAGUACAGGAGUCUGCCUUCGCACAAUCGAGUCUGGCUAUGGAUUGUGCAGUUCUUUUGUACCUGGAAACCGUUAUGCACUUGUUGGAACAAAGAGUGGAACCUUGGAGAUACUUGAUGUUGGUAGUGGGAGCUCCAUUGAAGUGAUAGAAGCUCAUGCAGGUUCCAUCAGGUCGAUUGUUCCAAUUCCAGAUGAAAAUGGUUCUGUCAGCAGCUGUGGCUUUGUCACAGGGAGUGCAGACCAUGAUGUUAAGUUCUGGGAGUAUCAGCUGUUGCAAAAACCAGUUAAUGACUCUAAACAACUAACUGUGACAAAUGUAAGAACUUUGAAAAUGAAUGAUGAUGUUUUGGCAGUCUGUAUCAGUCCAAAUUCUAAGCACCUCGCUGUUUCUCUAUUGGAUUGCACAAUCAAGGUCUUCUUCGUGGAUUCCUUAAAAUUUUUUCUUUCCCUUUAUGGCCACAAGCUUCCAGUGCUCUGUAUGGAUAUUUCAUCUGAUGGUGACCUUAUAGUCAGUGGUUCUGCAGACAAAAAUUUGAAAAUCUGGGGUUUGGAUUUUGGUGACUGCCACAAAUCUAUCUUCGCACAUGCUGACAGUGUUAUGGAUGUAAAAUUUGUGAGAAAUACACAUUACAUGUUCAGCGUGGGGAAAGAUCGCCUCGUCAAAUAUUGGGAUGCUGAUAAGUUUGAGUUACUCUUAACUCUUGAGGGGCAUCAUGCUGAAGUUUGGUGCCUUGCUGUUAGCAAUCGUGGUGACUUCAUUGUCACAGGAUCUCAUGAUCGUUCAAUUCGCCGUUGGGAUAGGACUGAAGAACCCUUCUUCAUUGAGGAAGAAAGGGAAAAGAGGUUGGAAGAGCUUUUUGAGUCUGACUUGGACAAUCUAAAUGAAGACAGAUAUGCACCAAAAGAAUUGGUUCCAGAUGAGGGAUCUGUUGGUGUUCCAGGCAAGAAAACCAAGGAAACCCUGAGUGCAACUGACUUGGUUAUUGAUGCAUUAGAUAUGGCGGAUGCUGAAAUAAAACGAAUUGAUCAACACAAGGAGGACCAGAAAAACGGAAGAGGAGGUGAAUUCCAAACAAAUAUACUGAUGCGGGGGCUUUCUCCAUCUGAUUAUGUUCUUCAUACACUUGCAAAUGUUAAUACCAAUGAUCUAGAACAGACACUUCUGUCAUUGCCGUUCUCAGAUGCAUUGAAGCUCAUGUCUUAUUUGAAAGAAUGGGUUCUCGUUCCUGACAAGGUCGAGCUUGUCUGCAGGGUCACCACGGUACUGCUGCAAACACAUCAUAACCAGCUAACGACUGCAGUAGCUGCCAGACCAGUUUUGAUUGUACUGAAGGACAUUCUUCAUGAAAGAGUUAAGGAAUGCAAAGACACUAUCGGUUUUAAUCUUGCAGCCAUGGAUCAUCUCAAGGAGUUGAUGUCGAUGAGAUCCGAUGCACCUUUCCGGGAUGCCAAGGCAAAGCUCAUGGAAAUCCGUCAAUGGCAAUCUAAGCGUACGGAGAGAGGCGGCGACACAAACGAGAAACGAAGGAAGAAGAAACAGAAGCCAGCCAGCCAAUGAGACACGGGCUGGGGCCUGACCUCUUCAAGAUCUUUCAAGAUUGUGUUAAUUAUGUUAGGGUGUCCAUUUGCUUGCAAAUGAGUGUAAAAUCUCAGGGCAAAAUUUUGACAUUAUCAAAAUGAGUGGCUAACAUGCCAUGGUUAGGGCGCAGUAUAAACCUUCUAUUUAAUAUACUUUCAUUCGUUGAGUAUGAGAGGUUGAGUUAGAUGCAUAUGUAAAAACUCAGUUGUGAGCAAAGGACGUCGUAAGACGAACGAACAACAACGAAGAGUGGUUGUACACAUUUACUGGUUGGUUGGUUGGCUGCUUUAGUGGAUUUUUUUCCAA